AUGGCAGUAAGCAAAAGAAGAAUUACACAGAAGUGCAGGAAGACAGUUGAGGAAGAAGACCUGUCCGAGCCAGAAGAAGCAAUCCGAUUUGAUCCAAAUAAAAAAAUACUCAGAGCCAAGCGAAGAAAUGAAAGACCAAACGGCCCUCGUGUGAGUCUCCUGGGGAAUAACAACAAAAUAAGCCCAAUCUUCACAGAAGACCAGAAAAAGAAAGGCCUCAACCAGUCGUUCAUUGAAUCGGUCAGCAAAGCCUACAAAAUCGACAACAGGUACAACUUUGCAGACCUAUUCACCCAGUACAGCGCAUACAGAGGAGAGAUCGAACAGAGAUCAGAACAGAAAGAACAAAAACCAGAGCUAAUAAAAGGGCCAAUAGAUCUUUCCACUAUUCUUAGAUCGGGACUGUCAGGAGCACAGCCAUCACCACAGCAGCAAACCACACAGUUUAUUCUCAGCCAGCACCCGCCCAUGACAGCCAGCAGCACUCUAUUCGCACCGCACACACCCAGUGAAAAAAGAACAGAAGAGACAGCAAAGAAUGAAAAAGCACACAGCGCACAGAAUGAAAAUAAAAAAGAAGCAGAGGAAAAAAGUAAAAAUAAAAUAGCAGCCGAUAAGGGAGACGAUAAACCACAGGAGAAAAAGGAAAAAGAAAAGGAGGUAAAUGAAGACAUAAAAGAUAGUAAGAAAAAAGAGGCAAAAGACAUCAAAAAAGAAGAAAGCAAAGACAUCAAAAAGGAUACAGUAAAAGCAGAAGCAUCUGUAAAACAGACUCAUCCUAAAGAACAGGAAGACAAAGAAGAAAUAAAGCCAGCCACUCUAAAAAAAGAGAUGAAAGAAGACAAAAAAGAGACGAAAGAAGAUAAAAGUGCAUCUGAGUCUGAUGUUUUAUUCGAUCUGAACUGUAAGAUAUUCCUGCGCAAGACGUCUAAAUUCGAUGACAUUGGCUUUCAUCGCGUAGUUGUCCACAAAAAGAAUAGUGAAAAAUACAUUACUAUCUACAACAGAAACACUGAGAUAAUUUCUGUCUCUGUCAAUAAGUCGUCAAUUCGAUCAGAGCCAGGCACCAAGGAGCUUGCGUUCGUAGACCCCAGCACCACUUCUCUUUACAAAAUAAAACUAGCCACAGUGAAAGAUUCAAACAGCCUGAGAGCAGCCUGCAAUAAAAAGACAGCCAAGAAUAAAUAA